UGCUCUUAUACAUUAUCUCUGUCCUGUUAUGUGCCGAGAAGUGAGUGCAGGCAGCUGAUAAUGAAUCGCAAAAGACAAUGGAUAAAUUACAUGGACUAAAUCAGCAAUUAAUAAAGCUAUGAUUCUUAUCAAAAGCUCCAAUCAAUGUAUAUAAUAAAUUAAUAGGUUGUAGUACAUAAGGGCGAAAACAACCUAUUUGAGGUUAGAGUAAAACAAAGUAAAAUGAUUACUUAUAGUGGUAGAAAGUGCGUUUUAUCGUUUACAAAGUUUUUAUCAUUCGUAAUUAUUGUGAUGUUUUUAGUUACUGUGUUGUUAACAUUUAUUGUUCUCACGAGUGAGAAUUGUGCUUGUGUAAACCAACAAACCUCAUUUUGUCCCAAUUCUUAUCCAAAAUUAAAAAAUAGGAAGCUUUUAUCCCAUAAUUUAGCAGUAUUAGUUCCAUUUAGAGACAGAUUUGACGAGCUGUUAACAUUUGUGCCAUACAUGACAAAUUUUUUAAAUGCUCAAGGAAUUCAAUACAGUAUUUUUAUUUUAAAUCAAGUAGAUAAUUAUAGAUUUAACAGAGCUUCACUUAUUAACGUGGGCUACUUAUAUACUAUGGGAGACUAUGACUAUAUAGCAAUGCAUGAUGUUGACUUGCUGCCAAAAAAUACAAAUCUAAGUUAUGCCUAUCCAGCAACUCAACCCUUUCAUGUUUCAGCCCCCAAUUUACACCCAAGGUAUCACUAUGACAAUUUUAUAGGGGGAAUUUUAUUAGUUAAUAGAGAACAAUUCAAGUUAGUAAAUGGUAUGUCAAACAAAUACUGGGGAUGGGGUUUAGAAGAUGAUGAAUUUUUUGUAAGACUAAAGGAUGCAAAUUUGAACGUUACAAGACCUGUUAAUAUUACUACCGGGACAAGUAAUACCUUUAGACAUACGCAUAACAAAACUUAUAGGAAAAGAGAUACCAUUAAGUGCUACAAUCAACGAAAUGUCACAAGAAGGAGAGAUAGACAAACUGGUUUACAUGAUGUGAAAUAUAAAAUUACUAAUGUCCAUAAGUUAACACUAGAUGAUUACCCAGUAACUGUUGUAAAUAUUGAAUUGAAGUGUAACAGAACUGUAACUCCAUGGUGUGAUUGCAGCAACACAACUAAAAGUAGUCUCAAUAAAAAAACGUGACUUAUAAGCAUAUAGUCAAUUUCAUAAUUUAGGAGGAUACAGACUUUUUCUACGGUUAUUAGGUACAUGUACUUAUUCUGAACUUGUUAAAUGAUAUAAUAAAAUAAAAUUGCUGUUUUUGUUAUAUAUAUAUAAAUAGUAAAUUAUUUUUGUUUGCUGGCUUUAAGAAAAAACACUAUUUAUUGUCACUUGUUAAACUGUAAUUAA